AGAGGUUUCUAGAAAUUCUUUUGAAGUUGACGCUUAACACCUUGACAGGGCUACCAAUACUUCACAAAAGUGAGAGUUUAUUGACGUGAGCAGGUACAUUAUGAAGGACACGCUUGAAAGACAUACUCUUUUGGAAAAAUCUCUUGGUUUUGUAUAUGAGAUGAGAUUAGGAACUUACUAUCUCAUCUUGCUACUUGGGGAAGGCCAGGACAUGGAAACUUCACUUAUAAACUCCUUCUUCUCUGUAUGCUUGUUGCUAACUCUUAGGUUUUCAGAGUCUGUAGGAAGCUGGAAUAGCUGUCCAGAACCUGAAACAACAUGCGGAAACCUUCCUGUUCGGUUUCCUUUCCGAGUAAUAGGACGCCAACCAGCACAGUGCGGCUAUCCUGGGUUUGAUUUACAAUGUUCUUCUGCCAAUCACGCUAUUCUUGAGCUUCCUGGAUCAGUCCAUUUCAAUGUCAAACAUAUUGAUUACAAAUUUCAAACCAUUCAACUAUAUGCUUCUGGUUGCCUUUCAAGGCAUUUACGUAACUUCACUCUUCUUCCUUCCCCUUUCAAGUUCACCGACCGGAAUCUUGCUGACUUUACAAUUUUCAAUUGCUCGUCACCAAGAGAUGGAGCACUUAUUUCAACUUGCCUCAGUAGCUCUACUUACCAAGUAUAUGCCGUUUCAUCCUAUAGUCUGAUUCGUGGACUUCCCUUGUUAUUUUGCAGCAAAAUAUUUAACAUUUCAUUUGUUCCGCCUGAAAUUUUUAAUGUUGAGAACACUCUUCAUUUGAUGUGGUCUAAUCCAUUGUGCAAACAUUGUGAAUCAAAUGGAGCAAUAUGUGGAUUCAACAAUGGUAAUAGAGGCAAUGAUACUACAUGUUUCAAGGAUCCUCACCGUGGUUCAUCAAACAAAUUUGUAAUUACAGGAUCAAUCAUGGGUUCACUUCUAUUGGUGAUUAUUUUAGUUGCAAUUCUUUAUAUCCGCAACUCUUACAAAUCACGGAAAGAAAACCAAGCCAUAAUUGAGAAGUUUUUGAAAGAUUAUAGAGCUCUCAAGCCCACAAGAUAUUCUUAUGCUGAAAUCAAGAGGAUUACCAAUAAAUUUGAAGUCAAGUUAGGGGAAGGACCUUACGGUAGUGUGUUCAAAGGAAACAUUUCAUCUGAUUUCAAAGUUGCAGUGAAGAUUCUCAAUAAUUCGAAAGGCAAUGGUGAAGAGUUCAUCACUGAAGUUGGAACAAUGGGCAAAAUCCAUCAUGUCAACAUUAUUCGCUUAAUGGGCUUCUGUGCUGACGGCUUUAGAAGAGCGUUGGUUUAUGAAUACUUUCCAUAUGGUUCAUUACAAAAUUUCAUAAAUUCAUCAGAUAAUAGGCAAAACUUUAUUGGUUGGAAAAAGCUCCAUGGUAUAGCUUUAGGUAUAGCCAAAGGAAUUGAGUACCUUCAUCAAGGGUGUAAGCAACGCAUACUUCAUUUUGACAUCAAACCUGGUAAUGUUUUAUUGGAUGAUGACUUCACUCCAAAAAUAUGUGAUUCCGGGUUGGUCAAGUUGUGCUUCAAAGGUCGAAGUAUAGUGUCAAUGACUCAUGUUAGAGGAGCAUUGGGUUACAUAGCUCUAGAAGUUUUCUCACGAAAUUUUGGAAAUGUGUCUCAUAAAGUAGAUGUUUAUAGUUUUGGGAUGUUGCUGCUUGAAUUAACAGGGGGAAGAAGGAUCACCCAUGACACAAAAGAAAAUGCUCCCCACAUUUACUAUCCCAAAUGGAUCUAUAAUAUUUUAGAAGAAAGGGAGGAUGUAAGGAUUCAUAUUGAGGAAGAAGGUGAUGCUAAAAUUGCAGAAAAGUUGGGAAUAGUGGGAUUGUGGUGCACUCAGUGGCAUCCUGUGGAUCGACCAUCAAUGCAAGUAGUGGUUCAAAUGUUAGAAAGAGAAGGAGAUAAAUUACCAAUACCUCCGAAUCCUUUUAAUGUUGAAGGCAUGUCAACAAGAAAAAGGGCCAGCGUGCCCACAAGAAGUCAGAUGCAAGGAUUAGAAAUAAUCCAAGAAGUAGAUUGAGGACAGUCAAUAAUGAUAAAAUAUUGACUGGUUUGGUACAUUUGGAGGUUAGCCUUUUGUUGUGUGUUGUUCUGUCAUUGUUUGCGUAAAUGUUUGAGCCUACAUGUUCUGUCAAUGUUUAUUCUCUUCAUGAGUAAUCUAUGCCGUAAUAUUGGUAUGAUCAACUAAGGGGGAAAAUAUAUCAUUCAUUCUUAAUUA